UAUAAAAAAAGUCACACAAUAAUGUCUGAUAUGAAGGAUAAGUUCUUAAAAUAAAUAUAGAAAUUAGGGAUAGUAAUGUAAAAAAGUGCAUUAAAUUAUGAUUUUAUAAUAUGUUUUAUUUUGUCCCUUUUAUGUGUGAUUAUUGUUUGAGUUUCUUUUUCCAAUCAUUUAUGAGCCUACCGCAACACACCGAGGGAUGGAGCCCGCAUGGCGUGCGUCUGGCAGCUGCCGCUGCUGCGCGUAAAAGGGGCGUUUUGGAGCGUAGCAACAUCUCUGCUGGCGGUACCAGGUGUUUUCAAACCUGUGGCAGACUAACUCCCGCAGAUGUCUCUCGUUCCAGUCAUUAAGGGGCGGAACUCAGCUGCGUAAACAGCCUCCCGCCGAACCGCCCGUCUACUCCCAGCCUGCCUUCCUACAGGUACGACGGAAUUCUUGGAGACGGCAUACCAACGCCUCGACGACAGACGCAGCGCCGCCGUCCUCCUCCUCCCAGCGAGACAGAUGUCUUCUGUUUACAUUCGGUUCUGACUCUCCUCGGCAUCAGGCGGAGCGUCCAGUCGAGCCAGAGGCGCGGGCAUGGCUUCAAGAAACGCCGCUGAGCCUCGAUCGUCUUAGUUUGUUUUUUCCCCAUCUACGUUCUUCUCCUUUUACGCACGAGACGCGCUUGGAUUAGUUUGACGGUGCGCGCAGCCGCGCGGCAUGACAGCUCCGAGUCAGAUCCUCAGGUGAAGAUCAGCCUCUUCAAUGUCAAGGAGAUGACAUUCCCAGCUGGUCGACAGAACAGAUCAGGGGGUGUCAUCUCGCCGUGCCACUCUGCGUUUAUUUAACCUUCUGACUCCCAUCACUUCGGUUCUGGUUUCAAACUAAACGCAACGAUGUCCAGAACGCUGAAAAAGAAGAAACACUGGUCCAGCAAAGUGGUGGAGUGCGUCGUGUCAUGGGGGAACCUGGGGGACUUUGGCUCCGUGGUGGAGGUCUUAGGUGGAGCAGAGCACGCACAGUUUCCCCACCUGGGUCAGAUGAAACUGGACAUACUUGUGUGUCACGUUGGCAAGCUGCCCUACUACGGAGAUGUCCUGCUGGAGGUGAACGGGACGCCCGUCAGUGGACUUACAAACCGAGACACUCUGGCCGUCAUCCGCCACUUUCGGGAGCCGAUCCGCUUGAAGACCGUCAAACCAGGCAAAGUGUUGAAUACAAACCUGCGCUACUACCUCAGUCUGCAGUUUCAGAAGGGCUCGCUGGACCACAAACUUCAGCAGAUUAUACGUGACAACCUGUACCUACGCACCAUCCCCUGCACCACACGGCUUCCUCGAGAAGGGGAGGUGCCCGGCGUGGACUACAACUUCAUCAGCAUUGGCGACUUUAGGAUUUUGGAAGAGAGUGAACUUCUACUGGAAAGUGGGACCUAUGAUGGAAACUACUAUGGAACCCCAAAGCCUCCGGCGGAGCCCAACCUGGUGCAGCCUGAUCUGGUGGAUCAGGUUCUGUUCGAUGAAGACUUUAGCGGCGACAUCCCCAGGAAACGCACCACCUCAGUCAGCAAGAUGGACAGGAAGGACAGCGCUGUACCCGAAGAGGAUGACGAUGAUGACAGGCCCCCGCUGGUUAACGGACUUCCUGAGCACAAAGACUGGAGGAAAGGAGUUCCCAGCUACACUCAGUCCAGCAGCACCAUGGACUUCCGCACAUGGAGCUCACUUCCCCGCGACGACAGCCUCGAGCCUCUGCCUCUCAACUGGGAGAUGGCCUACACUGAGACCGGCAUGGUCUAUUUCAUAGAUCACAAUACCAAGACGACCACGUGGCUGGAUCCCCGCUUGGCCAAGAAAGCAAAGCCCCCUGAAAAGUGUGAGGAUGACGAGUUGCCCUACGGCUGGGAGAAAAUUGAAGAUCCACAGUACGGCGUGUACUAUGUUGACCACAUCAACCAGAAAACUCAGUUUGAGAACCCCGUUUUGGAGGCAAAGAAGAGGCUGAACCAAGAAUUGGCAGCGAUGCAACAAGCAGCUGCAGCAUCAUCUCAAGGUAAAGGAGCUUCACCGGGCUUCACUGCAGACCCCAGCCAGCUGAAGGGAGAGAUGUACCACACGUCUCUGAAGAAAAGCUCACAGGGUUUCGGGUUCACCAUCAUUGGAGGGGAUCGCACAGAUGAGUUUCUGCAGGUGAAGAAUGUGCUCAGCGAUGGCCCUGCUGCUCAGGACAACAAGAUGGCAUCUGGUGAUGUGAUCGUUGAAAUUAACAGGACGUGCGUGCUGGGGAAGACGCAUCCAGAGGUGGUGAAGAUGUUCCAGUCGGUUCCCAUCAACCAAUAUGUCGACAUGGUUCUUUGCCGCGGUUACCCCCUUCCUCCUGAUGUCGACCUAAACAGCGACGACCCGCUCCCCCCUCCUCCGCCUCCACCUGGAACUCAAACCCAGCAGGGGCUGCAUGGCGGAGAGGUGGUGACGGCCGUGCCCCUCAUCAACGGGCAACCGCUGCUCGUAAAAGGGGACGUACUACACGGAUCCUCGCAAGAUCUUCACUACGUAACCACUGAUGCCAGCGGCCGCCCUGUUGUGGCCACAGUGCCAAAUGGUAGGCAGCCUGAUAGGGAGGUUGCCACCACGAUGCUUCAGCCAGAACUGGUUAGUGUGCCACUGAUUAAGGGACCAGGAGGGUUUGGGUUUGCCAUUGCGGACUGUCCACUUGGCCAGAAGGUGAAGAUGAUCCUGGAUGCACAGUGGUGCCGCGGCCUACAGAAAGGAGAUGUGAUCAAGGAGAUUGACAGGCAAAACGUCCAAACACUUAGCCAUGCACAAGUGGUAGAUAUCCUCAAAGACUUCCAAGUGGGCAGCGAGGUCAACGUACUGGUGCUGAGAGGAGGUCAGACAUCGCCUGUGAAGUCUUUAAAGCCUAGACAGGAACUGACGGCCAGCAUGGAAACGUUAGAUGGAGUUUCUGAUGCAACCCCCCAGGCCUUGACCUACCACUCCAACACAAGCACCCUGCGCUCCGCCGACUCCCCAAAGCGAGAGGCCACAGAAAUGUACCUGAAGUCCAAAGCCCUUCUGGAGAGCAGACAACCUCACACCAAAGACAUUGAUGUUUUUCUGAAGAGAGACAUUGAAACAGGCUUUGGCUUUCGUGUUCUGGGAGGAGAAGGUCCACAACAGCCAAAUGUGUUCCCCCAGGUGUAUAUCGGGGCCAUUGUGCCCAAUGGAGCUGCGGAGAAAGAUGGUCGUCUCAGAGCGGGAGAUGAGCUCAUUGGGAUCGAUGGUGUGAUGGUCAAAGGCCGUUCACACAAACAAGUGUUGGACCUCAUGACUAACGCUGCCCGUAAUGGUCAAGUCAUGCUGACUGUUCGUCGCAAGGUCAUCUACAGAGAUGCAGGUGAUGAUGAGGGUCAGGAAAUGGCUCCUGUUCUGGUCAAUGGGUCCCCCAGGCUACCUCGCAUACCAAUGCCCAGCGCCCUGGACCACGAGUCUUUUGACAUCACGCUCCAUCGCAAAGAAGCUGAGGGUUUUGGAUUUGUCAUCCUCACAUCCAAAAGCAAACCCCCCUAUGGAGUUAUCCCUCACAAAAUUGGCCGUAUCAUUGAAGGCAGCCCAACUGACCGCUGUGGCCUGCUGCACGUCGGAGAUCGUAUCUCAGCAGUCAACGGCCGCUCCAUUAUCGAGCUAUCCCACAAUGACAUUGUUCAGCUUAUUAAGGAUGCUGGCCAUGUUGUCACCCUCACGGUGGUUCCUGAAGAUGAAUAUAAGGGGCCUCCAUCUGGAGCCAGUUCAGCUAAACAGAGUCCAGCUCUUCAACAUCGAGCCAUGGGACAAAGAUCAGGUCUACUGGAUGACAGGUAUAACUUGGACCUGGAGGAGAAAAGAGAAGGACAGAGCAGAUCAGAAUACAAAACCCUUUCACUUGGUGAGCAGGGAGCACUGUGUGUGACCGGACCCAACCAGGGUUGUCUGACUGUGGAGCUAGAGAGAGGUCCUAGGGGCUUCGGCUUUAGCUUGCGAGGGGGGACAGAGUACAACAUGGGCCUCUACAUCUUGAGGCUCGCUGAGGACGGGCCUGCUCAGAUGGAUGGAAGGAUUCAUGUUGGAGAUGAGAUUGUGGAGAUAAACGGGGAACCAGCUCGCGGCAUUUCCCACACAAGGGCUAUUGACCUGAUUCAAGCUGGAGGAAACAAAGUGGUUCUGCUGCUGAGACCUGGAGCAGGACUCGCUCAAGACAGCAAUCAUCGUGAUCAGAAACCCAAUUCAUCCCCAAACUAUUCCGAAGAUGUAUUUUUCUCCGACUCAUCCCCUCAGUCCUCUCCAUAUCAGAACAGGGCUUCCAUUUUAGAGUUGUCACCCCCCUCUGGCAAACUAAAACCGUCUCAGAGCUGGAGUACCAGAACUGCACAACGGCCGUCGGCCCGCCGCAGCAGGGGUUUGAGCUCAAUUGAGGAAAACAGCGAGUGGAUGGAAAAUAAAGUCAACGGGCUAUCUUCAGCUGUUAAUGAUGAUAAGUUCUACAGGAGGACGAGGUCCGCUAAAGUCUCUAGAGAGCUAAGCAGCCCAAAGAAUACUGGGGAUAAUUUUCCUAAAGCCAAAGAGCAACGGCACAGUCUCCAUAAGACUGAGAGUCCGGCACAGGAAACAGAACUGAUCAGCAGCAGAAACCUUCAGACUCAUGUGAAAACACAGACCGCAAGCCUGAAGAGGACUCAAGUCGUUCAACAGCAAGCAACCUUGCCGCCAAUGGAGCAUCAGCAAGGCCUUCACCGGCGAUUAAAGCAUUCUUUGAGCAGUGAUAACUUAGAAAGUGAAAAGAAGAGUAGCAAGGAUCCUGAGAUCCGAAGGUUUUCUCAGGGCAGAGAAAGAAUCAAAUCUAGCCGAGAUCAAGAAAGCUUGAAAAGGCGGCAAAUGAAAGAGUCCCCAUUCUCUGGGACAUUAGGAGUGAGUGAGAAAGGCACAGGCAAAGACUCAGGGUACAGAGAUUUUAACGGCAAGAGCCAACCUACAGAGAGCAGACACUCUAGGAAGGGCGGCCCAAACAAAACUGAGUCAUCGUCAUAUUUUAAAGACACUCUGAGUAGAAAUGCUGCAGGGUCAGCAAACAAGCCCAGAAUACGUGAGGAUAAAUUGCUCAACUACUACAAAGAUAUGAGGGUAGAAGACAUUGUAGCUUCUGCAAACAACAUGCCAGGGGGCCUUCAAAGCCCAAAGGAACCUAUUAGCCCUGGUCCUUGGAAGGUACCAUGCUCUGCCAAAAUCCUCUCUAAAGCAGAGGUCCUCCAAGGCCUUUGUGAGUGAACCCACACCAAGAAAAACCCUCUGCAAUGGAAAUAUUAACAAUACCAUCAGUGGAUUGUUGUCAGAGUUCUUCCAUGAAAUGAAAACACUGAAGUUAGGACAAAUUAUGCCACUUUCUUUGUUUUUGGACCACAGCUAGACUAGACUUGUAAUGUGGGAGUCCUGUGAAACACUGAGGCACGUAGCACCCCCUCUCUGCCUUGUCCGCUGCUCUGGCGUCUUUGAUGUGGGACUUCAGCAAAUGCGGCACGCUCGGGGCCUUGUCAGAUGAUACAUUCUGAAAUGUGGAAAUGCCCCGGUCCUCAGAGCCUCCUGUGGAACAAAGAAAUUUAAUGCAAUGACCCAUAUGCAAAGAAUCGAGACAUGCCCUGCCUCUGUUCUGUAGUAUACAGCACGUGGGAUUCUCACAGGAUUUUGUUUAUCCCCAUUGUGAAAUAUUUGGACUUUCUUUUCUUGAAGUUUUACACAACUGCAUGCACUCUGUCCUUCUGUUUUCUUUAAUGCACGUGUUCUGCACAUCACUGAGGGCGAAGCGCUCUCUUGUUUGUAAAUCUCAUUCUUGACACCAGGCAGACUUCAAACAGAAUGGAGCAAAGGUUUACUCUACCAUUUGGUCUAGACUGUUCUUUGGGUAUCAUGAUGACACUCACUCAUACAUCAUCAAAAGACCAGAAAACUUGUGGUUUGCGAUCUUGUUUACCAUGUGUAUAUUUAAAAAAAAGAGUGUAAUUUAUUGGGAUAAUAGUUGAAAAAUACUGUAUGUAUAUGUAGCUGUACCAAAUCAUUCAACAUUUUUAUAUAGAAUUUAAAAAAACUAUUUGAGCUGUCACCUUAUUUCCAAUGUAACUCAGUGGUAGGAAUUACCAUUGCUCUUUAUAGUUCAUGACAUGUAUAGAUUUGCCAUCGAAACUGCUGUGCUGUACCAAAUCUUUGCUAUCAUUAAAAAAAAAAAUAGAUGUGUAUAUAUAGAGAGAAGAGAAUUUUUCAUUGCACUGCAUCUGCCCUUGUAGCAUAACACAAUGAUUUCUUUAUGAUGUGCAUCGUUUACCAAUGCUUUUCUUUUACAGUGCACUGGUAUUACUGUUUUUUUUUUAGCAAAUACUUCAUGUUUCCUGAAAAUGCCAAAAUAGCAGAUCAUUUAAAGUUUUUCAAGCGCUUAGUCUUGUCUCUGAUUGUUUAGUCAUUGCCUGUUGAUUAAAAAAAAGAAAUAGGGUUUUUAUUGUAUGUAUCUGUCUAUUCUGCUGUGCAACUGUGUGCCAGGGUAGCUUGAAGUAUCAUAGAGGCCAGAGUGAUGUAAGGAGUUUCUGAUAUGUUAAAAUGCUUCUGAUGUAAGACUGGUAUUUAGCCAAAUCUAUACAUUAUUUAUUAUAGAGUUGUUAAACAAGUGCAAGACGAGCACUUAAAAAUAAUUAAGAGUGUACACGCUGUACUUUAAGUAGAUGACAUAUUCAGGUAAGCUCAGGGAACGCAGAGUCGUAGCAUAUAUGUGAAUGACAACUGAAAAGAGGUUUGAUUGUACGAGAGUAUUCAGGUUACAAAUCUGGUUGACUCUGAACCAGAAAGUGUGAGGCUUUGUGCAAUAUAGUUGGGCAUGUAUGAGUACCUCUGAGCGUCAGGUACAGGGCUGUUCACUCUGGUCUCAAAUCAGAAAAAGCUCUUUAUUGUCUCUCCUGCUCUGUUGUAUCCCCUCGUUUCAGUUGGACCAUUUUGUAUCUGAUCUUUGCAUCAUACCGUGGCCUUGCAUCGCUUCAUUAGAGAAACAAUCCUUGUGGUAUCUUCUACAUUCUGUAGGGACAGUAGAUGUAAAUGUUUGUAUAUUGUACAGCACCUUUAUAAAUAUUUGGUGGGUGCUUUUGGGGGGAGAAAAAAAAUAGAGGUAUGUUAGAUCUCUAUUAUUUUUUUAUGUGGGGAGAAAAAAGGGAAAAUAUUUAAACUGGACUGAAAAGGGGAGACUAUAACCUUGACAUGGUAUUCUGUUCAUGCACUGAAAAUAAAGUUUUGCUGAAAACAUA